AUGUCAGUUUUGGAAUUUGAGGUUAAUCCAGAGAACUCACUUAAAAAUGAACAUGUUGAACUUGUGUUAGGUGCUCCGAUCAAUCAAGUGCUAACAGCAAUAAGAAAUGCUUCAAAGGCUAUCAAAAACGUGGAGCUGAUAUACUGCAAUAAGGUAAGGUAUAUUACUUUAGACAACAUUAUGACUUUAGGAGCCGUUUGGAAAAGAUAUAACGUUGUUACUAAAGGAUGAUGGCAUUAGGCUACUGUUUGACGCUGAAACACAAUUAUUGAAGGUAAAAAGCAGUUUUUCAUUUUUAAUUGAAGUCUAUGUUUUUAAAAAAUUUUGGUGACAUUGUGAUUUGUAUAUAGUUAAUAUGUUUGUAUUUCUGAAGUAACUCUUUGUGUUUUCAGUUGAUUGAAGUAUACGAUUUUCGAAAGAUCUCAUUAAGAUAUGGGUAAGUAUAUUGUCAAUUAUUUUGGUUAUUUCUUUAGAAACACUACCUUUUCGUCUCCUGAUCUUCUGGCCGAUGUGUCCAAAGUUGAAAAUUGUUUUGGGGCUACACAUCCUGGAGUGUACGAUGAAAAGCAUAAGACAUAUCUUCUCCAUUGGAGAGGUGUAUCUUUUAGUUUCCCAGCUAAAGAACCUUCAACAGUUCAGCCGGCUUAUGCUCAUGGACUAAGUUCUCUGAACUUCUCAUCUUUGCCUCAUCUUGAAAAGAUGGAGAUUUACCAAGGAAACUCGCCUAAUGAAAUCAGGUGUGUCAAAGUUUGUUUUCUAUAACAAAGAAUGUAUUUCUUAAUUUGUUAUAAAUGACUUUAUAACGUUUGUUAAUAUUUUAUUUAGAGUGCCGGAAACCCCGAUUUCAAUUCAUUGUGGCAACAUCUUCGCUCACAGAAUCACUUCAAUAUACCAAGGAAAUGAAAUACUUGGAGUAAAGAUUGUAAUUUCUGGCGAAGGUAAGGGAUCUUAACUUGUUUUGAGUAUUUUUUGUUUAGAUAAUAAACUGGAGACUAGAAAACAAUCAAACCUGCCUCAAAUCGAGAAAAGGAUAAUGUUUGGAGACUCUGAAGAGGUAAAUUAUUUUGCAAAUUUAUAUGCCUGAUACGUAUUUAGGUGAUAGUUUGAUUAAAGUUGUGUUUUAGAACGUCUUGUCAUCACUUGGAGCUCCUUCACGAGUCUUCUACAAGUCCGAUGAGAAGAUGCUGAUCCAGAAAGGCUCUGAUUCCAAAAAGUUUGGCGAUGCUGACAGCACAGAUAUGUUCUACAACUACUUUUCGCUCGGUCUAGUAAGUUUAAAUUUAUUUUAUAUGUCUAGCAAAUAUUAUGUUAUACAUGGCGGAAUGUAGUUAGAGGUUGGAGCGGAGGUGGGAGAUCUAUCAUCUCUUCGUCCUUAAACCGGUUUUUGAGAGGUAAGGUAAUGGCGUCCAUGGCGAACGGUGUUCGCGCUUCUGGAGCGUGCGAUUUUUGUAGUUUUGAACUUUUUCGCAUUUGUGAUAUGCAGAUGAAUAGAAUGCAGCCGGUCACAGUAGCAAGGCCUACUACGGUAGCCAAAAGAAUGCCCAGUUCACUCAACUGA